CUCUCCCACAUUACCCACCAAUGGCUGUAACCUUGGGGCAAAUUCUGACUUUUAUUUCAUCUCCCCUCCCACUCCCGUCUGUCACCUCACCCUUUCUUCACCCUCUUUUUCAUGAAACCUCCUCAAUCCCUCUGCCUCUCUCUUUUAAUGAACUCAGCCCUCCUUUUUUAAUGCUUCCUCCUCCUUUUCCUCCUCUGCUUUCCUCCCUCUUUGCCACGUUCAUCGCUGAAGUGUUAUGACUGCUGAGCGUUCCUCUGUCAUGGCCUGCGGGAAGAGUGAGUUAGUACAUGUCAGCAAGCACAGGUAUGCGCCGUGGACAUUAGCUGCAUCGUUUGCAGACUACUGGAGCGAGGAGGGAGAUGUGCACUAACUGCUGUAAGAAGCUCAAAAACAGGCCGGAGCAAAGCAAAAUCUACUCCAACCUGUUUUUCUAAUACAUUUCUGUGGAGUCGUCACCACCAUACACAGACUCAUCCCAACACUUUAUAAAUGAAAAACGUUUUUAAAAGUUAUAAUAAAAUGAUAAUGUUAUUUUGCAUCAUGACUUUAAUCUGAAGUUUUUCAGGUUGUUAAUGGAUUUAAAAAAUUUGCUGUGACUCAAAGUUAAAUCUCAAACAAAUAGGAGCUUUCAAUGAUCUUCUUUACUGCAACGAAACUGAGCAAAAAGGUGGCUGAUGGUUUUUUUUGCACGUGUAUUUCUGUGUGCUUUUGCUUUGCAAUGACUCACUGAAAACCUUCUUUUAAUGGAAGUAAAAAGGUUUUAUCUCAUUUUUAGUCUAAAAAGACAAAAAAAAUGUUCUCAUCUACAAAAACAGCUGAGAAGGAGGUUAGGACCCAAAAAUGCAGAACACACUAGACAGGAGCAGAUGUAAAUAAGUAAAUCCUUUAUUUAAAGGAGGAGACUUGAUCAAGACUUACAUCUGCACUGUUUAAAAAUGGACUCCACAAUUAUCGACUUCCGUACUAUUGAGGUUCUUUUUUAAAAUGUUUUUCUAAUUUUUAUUCACCCUGUGUCUUGUUGAUUUUUAGCUGUUAUUUUUGGGAAUUUUGUUGUAUUUCCUUUUUAUCUUUUAUCUGUGUUCGACAUGUUUGUAUAACGCCGGUUUAAUUAACUAACAUUUUUAGUGUACAGUGCCUUGUUUGGUUGUAAUGCCAUGUGAAUGCACUUUAUAAAUAAAAUUGGAUUGGAUUGGAAGCGAUCCAAAAACAAAAACAGAAGCUCACAACUGAGCACUGACUCGGGUAAAACUCGGGAGGGAACAGAACAACGUAGACACAACGAUGGACCGACGAACACUGAAGGACAAGACAGGGUUGUUAAACACAGAGGGAGGUGAUCAGGUGAACAGGUGACAGGUGUGAGUGAGAUCUGGAGGGAAGGCAGGUGCAUUCAGUAAACUAAAUGGGGAAAGAACAAAGCAGGAGGGAAUAAUCAUGGGACAUAAGAGGACAACCUGGAGGAGGCUGGGGACAGAGGGACACAGAACAUGACAAGUACUUACAAUAAUAUUAUAUUUUAAAAACAGAAGCUGCUGGCUAGAAUUCUUAAAACUAACAAAUAAAUCCAACUUUAAAUUAUUUGACUAAUUCUCGCCAAGCACUUUUUGCUUUUCCUGUUGGCAAUACUUUUUUUACUCAAAACAAAAUCAGUGGAUCAUGUUUAACAACAUUUUCCUCAUUUCAAGUAGUGCUGGUUUUGCAAAUGAGAUUUUUUUCUUUUUAGAAAAAAACAACCUUUUUUAACUUCCUUGAAAAUCGUUUUUUGCAGUGUAACACCUAAAUCACUGGAAGGAUUUUCAUUAAACUCACUGAAAAUGAUCAUUAGAUGAAAAUUUACAACUAAUUGACUUUUGGAGUCAAUCCGAUUCGAAAUGGCUGCCACAGCCAAACACAGUUGGCUACAAUUAGGUAGUCUUGCCAGCCAUGCCAAUGCUUCCCUAUGAGAAGCAAAGGGCCUGGUAACCAUAGAGAUGUAUACCAUGCUGGUAAUGCUUACAUUCAAAUAACCCCACCCCCUGAAAAUUCUAACCAAGCCAAUCAGCGCUGAGCAGCGUAGGUCCCACACCGCGACGCUCAGGUUUUCAUAAACAGUGAAGAUGGCGUCUGAAGCCUAGUCCACACGUAGCCGGGUUUUUUUUUUUAACGAAUAUCCGCCCCUCCAAAAACUUGCAUCCACACCACCUCGUUUUAUAAAAAAACUCUGUCCACACGUACCCGGAUAAAUACGUUGUUAAGGACAUGCCAGACCUGUAGGCGGCAGCACUUCCCCCGUUCUUAACCUCGUCCUUCGUCUGUGGUCUUCCACAAGGAGCAGUAAUUCCGCUUGCAAAAACAAACAAGCAAAAAGCGCUUGGACAACUGAUAAAGCGAGCGCAGCUCUGAGGGCAUCCAUGCUGUCGGCUAGUGUAAACACAGGUCGCACAUGUGAUGUCAGCAUUUUUUUGUCGCGGAAAGUGACGUUGCAGACCUUAAAACUCCGGUUUUGUCUGUCCACACGCAGACACCCAAAACGGAGAAAACGCAGAUCUUCACUUUGGCCGGAGUUUUUAAAAAGAUACGUUUUCGUGUGAAAAAACUCAGUUGUCAUGUGGAUGACAGGCCAGAACGUAGAAAAAUAUCUACGUUUUGGCAGAUCCCCGGCUACGUGUGGGCAGGUCCUGAAGCGGAGUUUGCUGCGGCUCUUUCCUCAAGAAGAAGAAGCGCUAAAAGCGAAUGAUGUUGGUGUCGACGCCAGACGUCAUCUCUGAUUACAGCUAAAAAGCUACAGCGACACAGCUGUCAUUUUCACCUUUUUUCUGAUCUGGCUAGUCCCGCCCCCUCAUGGUGCUCUACCUCUGAUUAUCCAGACUCUUCCUCCGUGUAGAGUAGACAGAGGGCGAGUCUGGCAGGCCAAACUAAUAAUUAAGUUAGUUUCAUAGAUCUUGAGCUGAAAUUUCACAUGGUGAUAACUAGGAGUUCCUCUUUUUAUGAGGUUUUCACAAAAUAUUUACAAAAUUUUACCAAAAUGGCUACAACUUCAUCAGGUCUCAAGAUAAAAUGAGGUUAAACCUCUGCCUUGAAAGGAAGCUGGACUUUUCUUCUGUCAUCUCCUCACAGUGUGAAAGCUGUUUUCAGGUUCCCACACAUGCAGCUGGGCUCUCCUCGCACCAGUGUUGCACUUGUGCACCAAUGCUGCAUGCAAAUACACACUUCUACAUGCAAGGAAUUCAGCUUGUUUUCAAGUUCAACACAGACUUGCUGCAUCAGACCAAAAAUCAUUGCUUUUUUUUCCCCUCUUUCGGUGCCUUUCUGUGUGAAGGCAGGUGCUGUAAUGAGACACUAAAUAACUAUUAGAGGACGGGCAAGAGAAAGGGAGGAGAGUAAGAGAAAACAAGAGAGCACUUCCUCAACAGUAGCAGAGAGAGGGGGCGAGGGUGGGAGGGAAAAGAAGCGAGAGGGCAGAGAGAGAACCUUCAGAGAGACGAUCAGCAUUGUAAGUGACAAGAGGAACAACAGUGCUGGAGCUUGUUUUGAACUCGUUUUCGUCAUUUUCCAAGAAGAAAAGACUCAGGAGAGCCAAGAGGAGAGAAACCAAGCAGAGGAAAACGGUCUUGAAAAGUUGGUGCUGUGAUUUAAAAACAAAAACAAAGGCAAAGUAAGGAGAGGGGAGGAGAGAAGCCGGGAGGAACACAAGGCAGCAAUGGAUCGCAGAGUGGUUCAGCCUGACCCUGGGAUGGCCUGAAUUCACUCACUGCUGCUGGCCACCAUCCAGCACACACUCCAGGCUGAGAUCGCCAGUGAGAUCCUCCACCAGAGGGCAGUAGACAUGUGUAGGACUGGGCAUGGCCAGUUUUUGAUGAAGCUCCCAUGUGGCUGCUCAGCCAUGCACCCUGGUUAUGGCCUCUCACCUUUUCCUGAUUUCCAGCCCCACCUUCGCUCUUUUCGGUGCAGAGGAGAGACGCACAGUAUGUGGAUCCCAGGUCCGGGAGAGUCCCAGGGUCUGAGUGAGUCCCAGGAGAGCCAGCCUCUCCUCCAUCCAUGUCAUCACAAACACGUUGCCGUGUGUCAACAGGAAACCCUGGCGUUUAUUGAGCUACAAGCAACAGCAACUCCUAAAUCAAACUGUUUUGGUUCUCAGAGGAAGAACCUUAUUUCAGAUGCAAAACACUUGGUGGACUCUGUAUCUCUGAACAGGGUCAGCCAGACACUGAAUGAACUAAAUGACAUGCAGAAGAUCUGCCACAGGAGAGACGAACUGGAAAACAGUUUGAACUCUCCCAUAGAAACGAUGGAUCAGAAGGAGAUUGUUUGUCAGAAUGGGACCAGAACUUCUUUGCAGGAACAGCCCAAGAAGCCACAUAUGGUAACAACAGUGUGUCGUCCUCUCCAUGCAGCCCUCAGCCUCCCUCUGUCCCUGCCCCUGUCCUCUCUCUACACAAACAGAGACUCCUGGGAAUCUCAGGGACCAGGCUCCCCUUCCUCACCUGAGUGCCCCGAAAAUCAGGGUCCGGAUGCCUGCCAGCCUCAGAGAAGAGCAUCACAGGGAUCACUAAGAGAGAAGUCGAUCCGACGAAAGAUGCAGGUUUAUUCUCCAGACAGCCUGAGUGAUGAAUCCCUCAACAGCCCAAUUCUGGAGGCGGACUACAUCUUUCCUGGACCCUUUGCAUCUUUUCUGGAGGAGGACCUGAGCGGAUUAUCAUCCUUGGAGGCCAAUUCUACUCCUACAUCAACAUGUGAUACUCCAAAUCUCCUAAACAUCAGUCAGGAAGACAUCUUCAAUGUACCAACAGAACCCUUACAGAUAAUAGAGGACUCCAAAACAGGAGUGGAUGGAGAGCAGCAGUGUAGUGUAGGGACAUCAUUUCCAUCUGGGAUGAGUUUUUUGUCACGCACCCGUCAAGUCGACCAAGAACGCCGGCGUUUUUCAGCGUCAGAGUUAAUAUCAAGACUCCAGUUGUCUCAAAGGAAGAACUCAUUCACCCUGAAGCUGGGGAAGUCCUUGUCUGCUCGGGUGACCUCCAGGGACAGGCAGAACACAAGCAGCCUCAGCCCAAACCCUGACUACAAGUCCAACUCCAGGCAGCGCAGCUCUGGAGGCUCCAGUGACAGUGCCCCCCAUAGUCCUGUUGGACUAGUGCCCAGUACUGAGAAUGGGAUGCCUCUACAUCGGUGGAGCACCAAACUUGGAAUGCGGAAGAAGUCUACGGAGGAGGAGUUGGGUACAAGUCCACCAGUCUCCAAUCGACUGUCACGGUUUUUACCAAGCUCAAUCCUCUACCAAGAAUACAGCGACGUUGCCAUCAACAGAGAGAUCCAGCGACAGCAGGGGAAGGAGCCUGGAACGGAAGAGGAGGGGUCAGAUGGGACCCCAUCUCCAUCAAAUCUGUCCCCAUCCAGCUCAUUUCGUUCCUCACGAGGUUCUGCGUUUGCUCUGUGGCAGGACAUACCUGAUGUCCGAACAAGCGGUCAGCUUGACAACUUCAGUAAUGAGGAGAGAAAAUUACAAGAGGCAAAGUUUGAGCUAGUGACGUCUGAAGCGUCAUACAUUCGUAGUUUGACAAUCGCUGUGGACCACUUCAUGUUGUCUCAGGAACUCACUGAGUGUCUUGGAGCUCAGGAUAAGCAGUGGCUGUUCUCCAAGCUGCCCGAAGUCAAAGAUGUCAGUGAGAGGUUCCUCCAGGAACUGGAGCACAGGCUGGAAGAAGAUAUUCUCCGUUUUGAUGUGUGUGACAUAGUUCUGGAUCAUUGCCCAGCUCUGCAAAGGGUUUAUUUACCUUAUGUUACCAACCAGGCGUACCAGGAGCAGACAUACCAACGACUGCUGCAGGAAAACCCUCGUUUUCCUGGCAUCCUGUCUCGCUUGGAGGAAGACCCGAUCUGCCAACGACUUCCUCUGACCUCGUUUCUAAUCCUCCCAUUUCAGAGGAUCACAAGGCUUAAAAUGCUGGUGGAGAAUAUCUUAAAGAGGACAACACCAGGCUCUCGAGAUGAGGACACAGCCACAAAAGCUUUCAACGAGCUAAAAACGAUCAUCAAAGAAUGUAAUUCCAGUGUGCAGUCAAUGAAGAGGAUGGAGGAACUCAUUCACCUCAACAAGAAAAUUAACUUUGAAGGCAAAAUCUUUCCUCUCAUCUCUCAGUCUCGCUGGCUGGUGAAGCACGGUGAACUUCUGGAGGUAGACACUCAGAUGAUGAGUAUUUCUGGAUCAAAACUCAAGCUACCCACCAGGCCAGUGUACCUUCACCUGUUCAAUGACUGCCUGCUGCUGUCCAGGAGGAAGGACGCGUGGAAGUUCAUGGUGUUUGUUCAUGCCAAGAUUGGCGAGCUAAAAGUGAAGGAUCUCAGUCAGAAGCUCCAAGGAAUCUCAGGCUUCAUCUUCCACCUACAACUGUGUGAAGGUCAACAGCUCAAACACCAGAUCCUGCUUAAAUCUCACACAGAGAGCGGUAAGGAAAGGUGGAUCACCGCAAUGUUUCCAUCCGAUCCGCUUGAAGACAUCGAGCAGGCGAAUGAGAAUUACGAUACUUCGCAAGUUCAGUGCAUCAAAAGCUACCAGGCUCAAGAACACGACGAGUUAACGUUGGAAAAGGCCGACAUUCUUCAUGCAAAGACCAUUACGAGUGAUGGUUGGGUUGAAGGCAUCAGACUCUCAGACGGGGAGCGGGGCUGGUUCCCCAAAACCUACGUGGAGGAAAUCACAAGUCGAAGCGCGCGCCUCCGCAACCUUCGAGAAAACAUCCGAAUCAAGUGUGUCACACAGAAACUGAAGGUGGACGACUGACGGCUUUUGCCACAAAGGACCACGUAGCAACUUGAAAAUUCGGCAGUUUUAAGCUUGAAAAUGGUUGUUUUAUCAUUAGACGAUUGUGGGGUCUUUGUGUAGUGUGUAGGGGCAAAAACAAAUGUCUUUGUUAAAAAAAAGUGUAAAUUAUCAGUUUCCUUUGUUAAUCUUUUCCUGCUAAUUUCAUAAUUUGUCCUUUAUAGCUUCCUUUCCACUGUAGGGGUCCUGGGAAAUUUCCUGGAAGAGCAAAGGUGACAGGCUCGGUUCUCUCAGCUGUUGUGUCUCCAUAAAAAAUCGGCCCUUUCAGCACUUUGCUAAGACGUCAGCAUAUCGUGAGAAUUUUGGCAGUCACUGAUUAGCACCAAAAUGCAUCCACAGGUAUUAAUAUUAUUAAAAAUGUUGAAUUCUGUCAAAGUAGACUAAUUUAACCAAUUCAGGGGACAGGGAGAGCAGUGGUCAGACGUAAAAUGAAGUGUUCAAUGACCAGAAGAAGUGUAGAUUUUUACCACACUCUCACCACAAAGAGGUGUUCAUUAUGCCGUUGUUGGGGAGAUUUUCACAUUAUAUUUAUUAGUGUUGGGAGAUUAGAAAUGGAGAAAUGGAGAUGAACAAUGCUUAUUGUCUUUACCUUCCAUUCUGCUUCCACAGCAACUCUUCCAAUUUUACAAAUACCAGUUGUUACAACCAAUAAGCACAAGUCCUGCCCAGCGACUGUACCGGGCGUUUAUAUACCUUGGGUCCUUGGCUGGUCCCUAAAAUGGCCCAGAAAGUGAUCCUUUUGGGUCGGCCCGUUGAAAUGGAGACACACGCAUACCAUGCAGAUCCGGUAGAAUCACCCAGAGGUUCCAAUAGUGAAAACGGGUCCUGUGUUUCACUCCAAACUUAAUCUUUGAAAGAAUUAUCCAGGGUUGGUUUGUUUUGUGUGCUUAACUCCUUCUGAAACUAAAUUUCAGCCCUUUUGGUCAGAAAUGUUGAAAAUAUCAACACCGGCGUGUCCUGUUUCAAAGGUGAAAUGAAGUGCAAAUGCAAAACAACCACAUCAGCUAAAUUUAUGGUGACUAAAAUCUGCUCUGAAUUUGGCCCUUUGUGAGUAUCUCGGCCUGAUUCUCUAACCUGAUUUUAUUGUGAAAGAUUUAGAUAAAGACUGAAACUAUUUUUUAUGUCCUCUUAUAACACGACCAAAGUUUUGCUCAUUUGAAGCUUUUGUAAAGUGUCGUUUGUUUGUUUUUUACUAAAGAGAAAGAAAUGUAGACAUUAUGUAUCCAUUUCUACAUCAAAUUUUUGUUUGAAGUCUGUUAUUAAAUCUAUAAUUUAUUUGCGAGUCAGGUGAUGGCGUGUCAUCAUCACCAACCACAAUAGCAGGUUUCUGAGUAAGUGUCACUUAAAGGGAUAUUUCAGCUAUUUUAAAGUGAUGUUCCACCAGUUAUUUAUCUACAAUAAGUACCUUGCCUGCAGAUGACAUCACUCAAAGCAAGGCGUUGCUUUACUCAUUGUAAACACUCCUGAUUUCCAGUAUUUAAAUCAACUCCUACUGAGAAAGUCGCACCACUGCAACAAAACUCAAGACAGGUUUUUUUUUUUAGUUUUUUAUUAUAUCCUUCAACUGAACAAUGCAGCAGUACCACUCCACCUAAGAACAGGCGAGAUGAGGCCGAUCAUGCUGGGACAUGGCAGCGUCACACCUAAAGAAGUCAUUCAGAUGAUGUUCAUCUAACUCAUUAUUGCAGAUAAACAACACAUAGAAUCAAAUAUGAACUGAAAUAUCAUUUUCAUCGGAGGCUACGCUUCAGGUUUCAAAAAAGAAUCUAAUUAACGCACUAUUUUCUUCUGUUUCUGUAGAAUUCACUUAAAAUAACAACUAUUGUAACAGUUGUUGGACGUUUGCCUUCUUAGACCUAGUCCACACGUAGCCGGGUUUCUUUAAAAACGAAUAUCCGCCCCUCCAAAAACGUGCAUCCACACCACCUCGUUUUAUAAAAAAAACUGUCCACACGUACCCGGAUAAAUACGUUGUUAAGGACAUGCCAGACCUGUAGGCGGCAGUACUUCCCCCGUUCUUAACCUCGUCCUUCGUCUGUGGUCUUCCGCAAGGAGCAGUAAUUCCGCUUGCAAAAACAAACAAGCAGAAAGCGCUUGGACAAUUGAUAAAGCGAGCGCAGCUCUGAGGGCAUCCAUGCUGUCGGCUAGUGUAAACACAGGUCGCACACGUGAUGUCAGCGUUUUUUGUCGCGGAAAGUGACGUUGCGGACCUUAAAACUCCGGUUUUGUCCGUCCACACGCAGACACCCAAAACGGAGAAAACGCAGAUCUUCACUUUGGCCGGAGUUUUUAAAAAGAUCCGUUUUCGUGUGAAAAACUCAGUUUUCGUGUGGAUGACAGGCCAAAACGUAGAAAAAUAUCUACAUUUUGGCAGAUCCCCGGCUACAUGUGGACAGGGCCUUAGGAAACAAAUCUAGUUCUCAUCUUUUAUUCUUGUAAGAUGACUUUUCCCAAGGAGCAGAAACGCAGACGUCUAACAGAGAAACGAAAGAACAAAUUAGACUUUUUCUUACUUUUGCUUUCCUAAAAUUAGAAAUUCAACGCACAAACUAAAUUCUGUCUUGUGUGAUUUUGUAGCUUUUCGCUUCACAAUCACUACUUUUAUAAACUUUCCUUUCAGAUGAACAGAGAAAUAAAUGUGUAUCCACUAAGAAUGACUCUAACAGAGCAAAAUGAUUAACAGCACACGAAAAGGGAGCUGAGAGUUUCUGUUAAUGAAAUCCAGCAGCGCAUGAAACAUCUAUGACUCCACUGUUACUAACGCUCUUUAAACAAAUUGUUAGUUGUAAUUUAAAUGGUUGCUGUUGAAGCGUUUGUAUUUAUAUACUAUUAGAUGCUGAUGUAAAUGUAUUUUAUUGUAGAUGAUUACAUGUAUAAAGCGUAGAAUGUGGUUUGUUCCCUUUCAUGACUGUAAUUUAUAAGCAAAAAGCAUUUUAUAAAGAAACAGUUGGUUUUUAUCCUGAUUAAGUACAUGCUAAUACACUGGAUGUUUACUGGAUUUCUGCACACUGCUGUAAAUGUUUACUCUGAAAUAAAUGCAGGUGUUUGCAUUAA